AUGUUGCACAUUAAAAUCAUUCACUAUCAAGUGGUGGAUGGCUAUCGGAGUGGUGGUGAUAAAAAACCGUUUGUUCUCUACACCAUUCAAGUAAUUUCUUCUUCUUCCAACAGCAAUAAGAAUGAACAACAAGAGGUGUGUUCCGUGAAGGAUAUCAUCACGAAUAAGAAGAAUCGUGAUGAUGAUGAUGAUUUUCAAAAUUUAAAGAGGAAUCUGGUUCAUCAGGCGGAGAAGCCUCUUCCCAUAAUUGAUACCGUUAGCAAAGAUACUACCAAUUGUCUUGAAACGGAAUUAAACACUUCUUUAGGUCAGCAACAGCAGCAGAAUACAAUUCAAUUCAAUAGAAAAAGGAGAACACAAUUAACAACGACACCUUUUGAUCGGGAAUAUCAAUACUCACAUUUUGAGGAAUUUGAUGAUGAUAUCAUGACGACGAGCACAGCCUCAACACGUGCAUCAUCCUCUUCAUCAUCAUCGUCAUCAAUGAUUGAUGAAAAUCAAAGCUCACAUACUUUUGCUGCUCUCAUUGAAUCUGCUUCGGAGAGUAGUGCUAACAAUGCGAGUGUCAACUCUUUCUCUUCAAUGUAUUCACUUGCUUCGUUUUAUAGACAUUUAGACACUGGAGAUUGUAUCAUUGCUAAACGAUACAGUGAAAUAUUAGAAUUUCACCAACGAUUUGUUGAAUUAUCUCCAGAUUUUGCACGAGAAUUUAAACCCUUGUUUCCGAAAAAGUUGAUCAUGGGAAAUUUGAAAAAAGAAAAUAUUGAAAAAAGAGUAUCACAACUGAAUGAAUAUUUUGAAAAGAUGGUUCAAAUAAUUGACAUUGAGAUGAGGUCAAAUACGAAAUUACAAAAAUUAGUGUCACACUUUUUCAUGAACAAGCCAGUGGUGCUGUCCACUAACAAUCCGACAAAAAAUCAGAACAGAAAUGUCGAUUGGAUGCUUCACAAGGCACCUAAAAUAAGGAAUAAUUGGUUCUUUUCUGCCCCUAUUGAAUUUGAAAGAUUCAAUAGAACCUUUGAUAGAAGAACUGAAUUUAUUUCACCCAUCUUUCAAGGAAUUUCGAUUGGACAGCUGUUGACAGUAUGGGAAAAUUUUAUUUCCAAGCAAGAGAAACUAGAAUUAUUGGACUGCAACACAGAAUUUCAUCUAUUCACCUAUCGACAAGCCACAUCAUUAAUUUAUGAUUACAUUACUGUUCAGUUUGUUCAAGAUAAGCAAAUGCCACUCUCUCCUGUAUCGAUCGAUGAAAAAUCUUCUCCUAAGGUAAAUGGACAAGAGACGACGCCAAAAGAAGAAGACGAUGGAGACAAUCUCAGUGAUAUUACUCCUCCAAGUUUUAGUGAUGAUGUUGUGAACAUUUUGAGGCGUUAUAGCAUCAGAAAAUCAACAGCCAUACCUUAUUCUCCUCAAACAAAUUCGUCAUCGAUCAGUACUAUGAGUGACACGACAAAAUUUAGUCUUCUAGUUUACUCGAGAUCCUUCAUUGAUUUCAGUGACACACAUGAAAAGAGAGUGAAAACGUGGUUAGUAGAAUUCAGAAACAUGGUGAUCAAAGAGUAUUCAAACGUUCGAUUUGCGAACACUUUUGCUUGA